AUGAAGUUCACUUCUGCUUUGGCGACGCUAUUCGCCAGCGUCGCAGUCGCAACGCCUACUCCCACCGUCGACAAUGUCGCCGACAAGCCCCACCUUGUCAAGCGAGCAUCAAUCUCCGACAAGGCGACUCUAGGCUAUGCCACUCUUAAUGGAGGGACUUCCGGUGGUGCUGGAGGAACGGUCACCACUGUAUCAUCUCUCGCCGAGUUCACCGCCGCUGUGAACGAGAAAGACACGGCUGCCAAGAUUGUCGUUGUCAAGGGCGUCAUCAAGGGUACCGCCAACGUCCGCAUCGGUAGCAACAAGUCUGUCAUUGGCCUCCCUGGAGCUGGUUUUGAUGGCAUCGGGCUGCACGCUCGUCGUCAGAGCAACAUCAUUGUGCGCAACAUCAAGUCAACCAACGUCCUUGCCUCGACUGGCGACGGUCUCAAGAUUGAGCAAAGCACAAACGUCUGGGUUGAUCACUGCGAGUUCUCCAGUGCUCUGGUCUCUGACAAGGACUACUAUGACGGCCUCGUGGAUGCUUCCCACGCCGCUGACUACAUGACCAUCUCCUACACCUACUUCCACGACCACUGGAAGACUUCUCUGGUUGGCCACAGCGAGAACAACGGAGACGAGGAUAAGGGUCAUCUCCGCAUCACCUACGCCCACAACUACUGGGCCAACUUCGGCUCCCGUGGCCCGUCUCUGCGCUUCGGCACUGGUCACAUCUACAACUCCUACUAUCUCAACGGAAACUCUGGCAUCAACACCCGUCAAGGCGCGCAGGUCCUCAUUCAGAGCAACGUUUUCAAGAACGUCUCGGUUCCCAUCACCACCCAAGACUCUGAUAUUGUCGGCUACGCUGUGGCCAUUGACAACGAUCUCGGCGGUGCUGCCAACACUGCUCCCGUCGGUACGAUGAACGCCAACUCGCCCGGAUACUCUUACAGCCUUCUCGGCUCUGCCAAUGUCGUUGCCACUGUGCCGGGACAGGCCGGCCAGAAGUUGACUUUCUAA